AUGGUUCAAACCAAACGCAAAGAAAAAGCAAAGGCACCAAGCCCGCAGCGUGCUCGCCCUCGUAUCGCAUCAUCGAGACGUGCUCGCCAAGUCACUGCCACCACAAUUCCGCAGCAACAAUACCGCCGAAUGACAACGAUGCUGGGUUCUGCCGCAACAAGCCUACGGAUCCCGAACCUAGGCAGGAAAAGUGCUGGUUCGACCGGGGAGGUAUCGCCCGAUGUUCUGCUUGGGCGUGCAUGUAUACUCUCCACAUCUCCUGUGCGCUGCGGCGCGGCUUUGUCUCGCACGGUCGAAACGAUGCAGAGACCCAGGGAUAGCGGCGGCUGGAGCAAGGAUCGUUCACCCAGAGCUUCGCUGAAGAUUCCAACUCGCUUCGUGAGGUCGCGAGCAUCGUUUGGUUAA